CGGUCCACGUCGGCGUCACGACGAAGAAGCCGAAGAAGCUCCUCGAGCGCCCCCCCCUGAAGCCAGGCGAGGACGAGGCCGAGCGGGAGGAGGCCCUGACGAUGGUGGGGCAGAGGCAGUUGCUCCGCAUCGGCGCCCCGAUCGACAUGCUGAG